UUGAUCUCAAUUGAUGAAAAAAAAAAAAUCUUCCAAUUCAAAGUAGUUAGAAACUCAGUUCAAGAUAAUUCUAAUUAUAUACAUGUUUGUACCAAUAUUUGGUGUAAUCAUGAAAAAUGCAUUAAAUUAGACAUGGAUAAACUUGAGUCGGAAUUUGAUACUAUUUGGAGAAAUGGACAAUCAUCUACAUCUGAGAUAAAAAAUCAUAAUUCUGGAAAUAACAGAGAAAAUCUAAAUGGGAGAGAAAUAAAGCAAUUUGAUUAUGGUCUAAAGAUGUGGGCAUUCAAUGCAAUGAAACAAAAUCCAGUGGGUUCACAGAAAAGAAGACCCACAAAUUUUUGGUGCGGUGGAGGAUUCUCAAAAUCUAUGUACGACGUGCAUUAUCCUUCCAUACCAUCCUACAUAUGCCCAUUCCAGUUAAGAAGAGUAGAGAGAGAUUCUAAAUCCAAACAAACUCAGUCAUCUGUUGGUUUAACUAGUCACAAAGGAGAUAAUUUCUUUAGCACCAGCAACUGUUUUGAAAGUCUGUCGCAGAAGCCGGUUCUGUCCGCCAAUCAAGACAUCAAAGACCUGUCUCACCUGCUGACUAAUUUAAAUCUCGAAAGAUACAUGAACAACUUCCUUUUCCACGAGAUCGAUCUGUCCGCAUUUCUGACGCUGAACGAGAAGGACCUGAAGGAAUUGGGAGUCAGUAAGUCGGCCAGAGACAAGAUGCUCUUCGCCAUUUCCGACCUGAACGAAAGGAGAAAUCUGAGAGAAUCUUCGCCCGAUCCUGCCUCUCGACCGGGAACCGAACCUCUGCUCCUUCGCCUAGCCAGACAGAGACCUUCUCCCGUCUUAGGCGACCCUUAAUCCUUUCCUCCUAUUCUUCGGUCGCGCAUCAAAAGUGCCAACAUCGUCUCUAGCGUUGGACAAGGAGACGACACCGGACAGUCGGAACUCCCUCCGCGCAUCCGUCGGAAAAGAUGCCAAAAAAAAAAAAAACGAACGGACCACCCUCCGAAAAAGGGGCGAAGACGGAAGCCCGUGCACCGCUUUUUAUUCCUGGCGACACAAACUGGGGAGGAGGCGCGACUUCUUCCGUCGGAAAACGGCAUUGCGGUGAACGAGCCGAAAAGACGCCGAGUUACUAUUCUGUACAGACUUCGCGAAGAAUCAUUUUUAUACGCAAAAAGCGAUAUUUAAUUCGGUAAACAACGCAAAUUCCGCCCGGGCGGAAAAUUGUAAUCCCGCGGAAGGAAAAAAAUUAGUGAUAAUUAGUGCAAUAUUCUCGUGCCAAAGAUCGUCGCGUCGCACAGGAGGCGACACAACCACCACCACCACUCGCGAACCUUCAUGUAAAUAUGUGAGAAUCGCUGCUCUUUUGUACUUUUAUACGUACUAACAAUACUUAAAGAGCCUUAGUCGUUUUAUAGAACUUUUACAUCUUUAUAUGUGUUGUAUCCGUGUGUUAGAACCCGGCCGCCGGAAAGAAGCCAAAAAACGGUGUCGAGUACAAAAAAAGUGUCAUUUGUCCGGCGACCCGUAAAUAAAUUGUGAUAUCUUUUGCUAA